AUGGUUUCAAGAAAUUAUAGGCCAAGUAUGGAAAAGUCUAGUAUUGAUUUGAAUCGUGAAACAUCAUCAACAUCUAUCUCUGAAACCCAACCUGAACAUAGUGAUGAAGGGUUGGAAAAUGUAGUUCUACACAAUGAAGAUGAAUUAAGGCAUAAAUGUAAAGUCAGCUGGAGCAAGGAAGCCACUAUACUUCUGAUAAGUGGAUGGCUUAAUACAUCUAAGGAUGCCAUUGUGGGGAAUGACCAGACUUCUACACAUUUCUGGGCUCGAAUCGCAUAUUACUUCAACACUAACCAAAAAGGUGAGCAAGCAAGGACUGGAAGUGGUUGGUCUGAUGAGCAAAUUCUUGAUAAUGCACAUCAAUUGUACAAAUCUGAAAAUAACAACUCAAAUUUUUUGCUUGUGGAUUGUUGGAGAUUGCUAAAGGAUGAGCCGAAAUGGAAUACAAUGUACCAAACAAAAGAUGGUAAGAGAACAAAGGUGUCAGAUAUAGGGGCAUUUACUUCUUCUUCCAAUGCAGACAUCAGUGAUGAUGAAGUACGUGAAGUGCGCCCUACUGGCCAAAAGGCAGCAAAGAGAAAAUAG